AUAUCGCGCAUGCGCAAAUACACUACGAUCACGAAUUGACCUAGCAACAACAACACAGGAAGAAGAAAUAUGGCUGAAGUUGAAGAUAUAGUCAAGAGGUUAAUGCAGCACCCUGGUGUGACUGGAGUUGUAAUUGCCAGUUGUGAGGGAAUUCCUAUCAGAACGACAUUUAACAACGAAAAGGCGACACACUAUGCAGCCCGAUAUGUUGAUUUAAUCAACAAGGCCAGGAGAUGUGUCCAAGAUACUGACCCUACAAAUGAUUUGUCAUUCGUCAGAGUCCGUACCAAAGCUCACGAGAUAAUGGUUGCACCAGACAAAGAUUUCAUAUUGAUUGUGACUCAGAAGCCAUCGGAGGCAUGCUGAUUAUACUUCAAAGAAUGAGGAGCAAUUUUGCCCAGGGGUAGAGUUGACAUUUCUUCUUUUUCAUCUUAAUCUCACUUAAUACCUACCAUUGAGAUUCAUGCAACAGACAUGUAUGAUAUCUUCGGCAAGGGAUGGUUUAUUAAUCGGUCAAAUCUCAAAAGUACUCCAUUCCAUGGUCUGCAACAUUCAUUUGGAGACUAUUUGAGAGAGAGUUCAAAGUAGAUUUUGAACAAUGAGAAAUUGUCGCUUUCCGUGUUAUGUACAGGUUUAUUGUAUUCCCAUUGAAGAUACUUCAUACAUCAUUGUUGUAAUGUCAAUCUUGAAAAUUUCAAUAGGAACUCUUUUUUGGUUUUUACCCCUUUUUUUUAUUAUGCUGAAGCUUUGAUGCAUUCACAAUUGCCCCGUCUAUUAUGUUAGGCUUAAUACAUACAUAUAAUCGCAAGGUUGUGAGUUCGAAUCCCCGCUCUGCCAUAGUCUCCACUUAGAUAAAAGACCCGAGAGUAAUAUCUGUCGUCUAUAAGGUCAGUAACUUAACGGAAACUGUUUACUAUGUAAUUGGCUAUAUACCAGCUGGCGUUUACCAGCAAAAGCUGUCCUGCCGAGUUCCUAUGGCAGGAGAAAUUUGAGAUCUAUAUACACUUUCUUUUUUCCUCAACACCAGGCAUUUCAAGAGGCAUUAUUUCAAGACUACCCCCCCUCCAAUCCCUGUGCUUUUGGUGGCGUACACCACUGAAUUAUGUCCCAUUGUUGGUACCUUAAAUUCAGGUUAUAAGAAUCGUAAGUUUUGGAAACUGAAACAUUUUGUGAAUCUUGAUAUUAAACUAGGAAGUCUGUAGUAGUUGCUUCAGGUCACACGUCUGUCUGUGCUCCAUGAAGCAUCAAUUUUUUCUGUAAUUUCUUUGAUUACUUUCUACUCUAGAAUAAAUUGGUUGUAUAUACUUGUACAUUGUAUGAUAUACAGUAGAAAAUAUUUAUUUCAUGAAAUUUAGUCCUUUGUCAAGAGCAAUAAAUGAGCAGUCCUCCGUAAAAACAUUUUUAUUGGAAAGUAUUAUUUUUUUUUAAUGAUAGUUUUGAAUUGCCCAUGACUGUAGAUCUAUUCUUUGUUUGGGUUGUAAGGAAAUCUUUGCCCUUCCGGACUAGGUUUAUUUUUACGACACCGAUAUCCACUAGCAAGUCAUGCAUAAAACGUGUCUCAAGAAAACCAAAUCCCUGUAUUAUCAAUUUCUGAUUCCAGCACAGCUUAUUUAGUAUUUGAUAUUAUAGAAUGAUGAUGAGGAUUCCAAUCAAAUAAUUGGCUGAAAUUGAUCACAUGACCAGUAAGUCAUAACAGGGAAACUCGCGAAUGACUGGUACUAAUGACUAGUUUCAUUGAUCAGUCAUGGGUCCCGUAACUCAAAGGUUAGCUAUUAAUUGUACGCUUGAUUUUGACGAUUGAUUGUACAUUGUAGUCGAUGCAAUCAAUCAUAGAAAAAUGUUCUACGAUCAUUGCUAAGCUUUGUGUUACGGGCCCCUGGUUUCAAGAUGAGGAUGGUUUAUCAAAUAACAAGGAUCCACAUCAAUAUCUUUUAAAACAUAUGGUUCAUAUCAUUUUGCUUGAGUCUUAAGGGGUGUUGCAAGAAAAUAUUGGCAAUCAAUUGCAAAUAUUCUGUUGCAAUUUUACAACUGAACGAUUGAUUUUAGUUUUAGCAAAUCAGAUUACACUCCUUGUUUCAAAGAGCAGAUAAGCAAUCAAUCUUGAAUUUGUGAUUAAUUGCAAGACAUGAUUGAUUUACGGACGAAAAGUAGAUUUCCAGUAGAUUUCUUGCAACACCCCAUUAGAAUAAUUACUGACUUGUUGCCUUUGAAUCGGUCCAAAUGCCCUCAGCUCUGCCUCAGGCAUGUCAGAAUUGUUCCAGAGAUACCUUUUUUGUAUAAUGCUUACUACUGUCCCUGAUGAUCGAAUGAUGUGUAAUAUUUUUUCCACUAGUUCAAUCACUUUUGUUUGUGUAAAUGCACAUAUAAACUUCAGAUUUAUAUUCAUGUAUAGACAUCAAAUUACUUCUGGGUGUGUAAUUUAUAUUUUUGUCGGGUGCGUCGUGGUCUAGUGGUUCUGACUCUCGCCUUUUAAACAGAGGGUCGUGGGUUCGAAUCCUAGCCAUGGCGUAUUUUCCUUCAGCAAGAAAUUUAUCCACACUGUGCUGCCCUCGACCCGGGUGAGGUAAAUGGGUACCGGCAGGAAGUAAUUCCUCAAAAAGCUGUGCGCACCAGAAUCGGUAGACUAGCUUAGCCGGUGUAAUAUAGGAGCGCCUUGAGCACCUAGCAAGGUGAAUAUGUGCGCUAUACAAAUCCUGUAUUAUUUAUCAAGGAAAGGAAAAUUAGAGUUGAAAUUAUUUAAUAAAAUCCUAGUUCACUGCACAUUGUUUGUUACAGAGAAAGAACUCUGCAGGUCUACCUUUAACAUUCAAGAUAUUCUAUUGCCAUGUCUUUAUAUUAUUGUAGGACAUUUAAAGGCGCAUGUAUGUGAAUAUUUGUAAACAAAUACAUAUGAAAUACCAGUUACACUGUAAAAAUGAAGAGCUAAUUUAGCACUUAAAGUGCAGUCACUAUACAAGCACUAUAAGUACUAAAUUAGCACUUCAUUUUUUACAGUGUAGUAUGUAUCCUUACAUCAUCAGCCACCAGAAUUUUAAUUUGAUGCAUGACGAAAGAUUUACACAAGAUUUGACAGUGAAUCUGUGCAGUUGUUUUGGGACAGUAUUCACUUGACCCUGUACAAUGAAUAAUAUCUCAUGAAGAUAUAACCCAAAGAAUAUCUUCCUUACCAAAUCAGUAUACCAUAAUCUAAAAAGCAAAUCUCAAAGUUUCUUUUUCCUUUCAGUUGCUUGUACCAUUUUAUUAGCAAUGGUACGAAAAAUACACGGACAAUUUAUGAUUCCUUUUUGGAAAAAAAGGAAAUAGGAAAUUCUCACCAAUUUGCACCAUUUGUUCAUGAUGUUGUAAAAACAUGACGAAAUCAUUUUAAUUUAUUUCCUGCCAAAUGCCAAUUAUAUAAUUGAUCAAGCUUUUUUUCGUUUAUGCUAUCUUCCAACCUAUAUAUGUAGGUAUUUAUUCCCUGUAUAUUACCAUUGCCUGCUGUUAACAAUUAAUGUUUGGGUUCAAAUUAUUUUAAGAUUCAGUCAGUUUUGUUUGAUAUUAUUACGAUCGUUCAUUAUCAUAGAAAUAAAUAAUGAAAAUGAA